AGCAGGUGUAGCUGAGACUGAGACGGACAGGGACUAGAAUUUGGGUUCCCCGCGCCAAGUUUCCUUCCCUCAGUCCUCCCUCCCGUACAGCAGUGUUAACAGCUUCCUGGGGUCCCAAAGGAAACCCUCCAGUGUUUUUAGCCGCCCACCAUGCUGGGAAGCUGAAGGACCUCCCCGGUGUAUGAUGGCGGUGAGAUUUCAGGUUUUGGACAUGGAAGAGAUGACCAUCUGGGAGCAGCAUACCACCACACUGUGCAGGGAUCCUCGAAGGGGCUUUGGGAUUGCCAUUUCAGGAGGCCGUGACCGACCCAGUGGGGCUAACAGUAAUGGAUCAGUAGUGAUAUCUGAUGUGGUACUAGGAGGACCAGCUAUGGGCAGGCUACAGACUGGAGACCAUAUCGUCAUGGUGAAUGGGGUUUCCAUGGAGAAUGUGUCUUCGACUUUUGCCAUACAGACCCUCAAGACUUGCACCAAAUUUGCCAACAUUACCAUAAAAAGGCCUCGAAAAAUUCAGCUGCCAACCACUAAGACCAGCUACCCCACUUCAAGCCUGGGCCCCAACUCACAGAAUCAGGGGCCACCAUGGGGCCACCAGGACCAGGAGGAACUGGAUCACAGCCGGGGCUAUGAGGGUGACUCUUCCAGUGAGCGCAGCUCAGGCCACAGCUGGACUGAGCGUUCUCGGAGGCGGAGUCGAGCUGGUAGCCGCAGAGGUCACAGUCGGGAGAGCCGGGUAGAUCAGCCAGAUGGAGCCAAUGGGCUGGCCCUGGUAUCUGGCUUCAAGAGACUCCCAAGACAUGAUGUAUUGAUGAAGCCAGUGGAAUCAGUAUUGGUGAAGAAAAAAGAGAGUGAGGAGUUUGGCGUAAAGCUCGGCAGUCAGAUCUUCAUCAAGCACAUUACAGAAUCAGGCCUAGCCUCCAAGAGCAAGGGACUGAAGGAGGGUGAUCUCGUCCUUAAGAUCAAUGGAGUGUCGAGCCAAAACUUGUCCCUGAAUGAUACCCGACGAUUGAUCGAGAGGUCAGAAGGGACCCUGACCUUAUUGGUACUCAGAGAUCAUCAGCAGUUCUUGGUGAACAUCCCCCCAGCAGUCAACAGUGACAGUGAGAGUUCUGGCUUGGAGGACAUCUCUGACAUUGGCUCUGAGCCUUCCCAGGCACCCCCAUCCCACGUGCCCCCACCACCUGGUGGCAAACGUCGGAUUUCUGAUGCCAGCUGGACAGAGUCUCCUCCGGAGGAGUCAGUGGAACCAGGAUCCCCUCGGGAAUCAGGUACCCAGGAGACCCUGAGAGGAAGCAGCUACGAUAUCUAUCGGGUCCCCACUAGCCAAAAACAAGAUUAUGGGUAUAGUCCAGACACUCGGGUGAUCCAUUUCAUCAAAGGUGCCAGCAUCGGGCUCCGUCUAGCUGGGGGCAAUGACGUUGGCAUUUUCGUAUCAGACGUGCAAGAAGGGAGCCCAGCAGAUGGACAAGGAAUUCAGGAAGGAGACCAGAUCCUACAGGUGAAUGAGCAGUCAUUCCAAAACCUGACCAGGGAGGAGGCUGUUCAGUACUUACUGGGGCUGCCCCCAGGAGAGGAAAUAGAGCUGCUUACUCAGCGCAAGCAAGAUAUCUUUAGGAAGAUGGUCAAGUCAAGUGUAGGUGACUCCUUCUAUAUCCGUACCCACUUUGAGCUGGAACCUAGUCCACCUCUGGGCUUGGGCUUUACCCGAGGGGACGUCUUCCAUGUUUUGGACACAUUGUACCCUGAGAAGGGAAGAGGUGGCAGCUGGCUGGCAGUUCGCAUGGGCAGGGACCUGACAGAACAGGAUCGGGGUAUUAUUCCCAACCAAAGCAGGGCUGAGCAAUUGGCGUCGCUGGAAGCUGCCCAGAGAGCUAUGGGCUCAGGGCCUUUCUCUUCCUCAGCUUCCACAGGAGCCCGAGCUGAGUUCUGGAAGCUUCGGGGCCUGCGUAUAGGUGCCAAAAAGCAUAUGCGCCAAAGCCGUGAGGACUUGUCAGCCCUGACAAAGCAGGGCAACUAUCCACCCUAUGAGCGGGUAGUGCUGAGGGAAGCCAGCUUCAAACGUCCUGUGGUUAUCAUGGGCCCUGUGGCUGACGUUGCCAUGCAGAAGUUGUGUUCUGAGAUGCCUGAUCAGUUUGAAGUUGCAGAGAGCGUCACAAGAACAGAGGGUCCCUCAAAGGUUGUCAAGCUGGACACAGUGCGGGUGAUUGCUGAGAAGGACAAGCACACUCUGCUAGAUGUGACACCUUCUGCUGUGGAGCGUCUCAAUUAUGUGCAGUAUUACCCUAUUGUGGUGUUCUGUGCCCCUGAAAGCCGGACAGGAGUCAAGUCCCUGCGGCAAUGGUUGACACCCACCUCUAGGAAGAGUUCUCGCCGCCUCUAUGCCCAAGCCACCAAGCUGAAGAAGUACCACAGCCAUCUAUUCACAGCUACCAUUCAACUUAAGGGGAACAACAAUGGCUGGUACCAGGAGCUCAAAGAUAUCAUCAAAACCCAGCAAUCCCGACCCAUUUGGACAGCUGAAGACCAGUUUGACAAUGCAGCCGAAGAGAAUCUGGACCUGCCCCACCAGGACUUUGGGGGGAGCAAUGCCUAUCUCAGCUGUGACAGUCGUGUCAAUAGUGACUAUGAGACAGAUGGAGAAGGUGGAUUUUACACGGACAAUGACAUGGAGGAGGAGCUCACAGAACCAGCAUUGGCUCGUUCAUCAGAACCAGUAGAAAUAGAUGAGGUAGAGAAUCUGAGGAAAGAGACACUGCCAGCUUCAACAUACCCAAGAGCCCAGGCCAGGGAUCUAUCUGCCAAAGGCCAGUGGAGAGAAGAUAGCAUGAGAACCUAUGAGCGAGAAGCCUUGAGAAAAAAAUUCACCCGAGCCCGGAACUAUGAGUCGGAUGAGGAUGAUGGCUAUGACUGGGGCCCUGCCACUGACCUGUGACCCUGGGGCAUGUUGACCUGUCCAACACCAAGGUCACCUCAGGGAAUCUGAAAGGUCCUCCUGCCUUAUUCCAGCAGCCUCAAGGAAGGGGACUCACUCUGGCUUCUACCUCCUCAUUCUGGGAACGCCAUCUCCACAUCUGCCUACUUCUAAGAAAGUUGGAUUUUUGUACACCACCACCCACUCCUUUGGUAAUGCAAGACGUGGAAGGAAGACACUACCCCAUCCCUCAUACUCCCUACUGUCAGUGUCACAAAACAUGAGCCCCUCCAGCACAGUCUUGUCCUAGACUGUGUUAGGAGAACAUGUUUUCAUUCUCCCAGAACCACUGGACCAAAAUCAAGGCAAACUCUUGUGAGUUUUGUGUGGGGAAACAAAGAUCAUUUUGAGGGUCUGGAUUUAACCCAGGGCUUGAAUGGUGUUAGUAUAGAGUUAAGAGUUUAAAAAAAAAAAAAAAAAAACCUGGGUAUCUAUGAACUUAAAAAAAAACUUGAUAACUAUAUUUCAAUACAAUUGGUUUUCUUGGUAAUCCUGCAUUGUUUAUUUUAUUAAAAAAUAUUCUGAGAAAUCCA